CGUGUGAGCGCUGCGCGUAGCCACGCCCCUCCCGUGUGCUGGGCGUGGCCUGUACAGGUGAGGGAAGGAGAGCCGAUUGCAACAAUUACAGGAAGAGCCCAGGCUGCGUCAGGACAGGGAUGAGCACUGACCGCACUAUCUGUACUGCACCUAAUAUAGGGUAGGCUGCAUACUGAGGUGGGUGAGCGACCCUCAGGCGCGGGGAAUACUUAGCGUCUUCUGUGGGGACUGUGUGACAGACAUGUCACUGCUGUGUGGCACUGCAGCUGCAGGGUGUCACUGUGUGCCCUGUGACUGCGAGUGUGCAUGACACUGUAUGUGGUGGACAGGCAGAGCACGCUCACACUAUAUGGGUAGGAUUCACACUGUGCGUCUCUGACUGGAGUGUGAGAGUCUGAUGUCAGGUGCUGAGACUGAUAUUACAGCCAUAUAGAGGACAGUCCAGGACUAACACAUAGACAUGGGGUUCCAGAACUACAUCAGGGGGUACAGCACACUGUAGAUACCUGUAUUAUACAUCAUCAGUCUAACAUUGUACGGAUAUCACCUGUACAGUAAGAAGGGAACUUCAUUGGGGGCUGGAACUUCAGAGACCCCUGUAGAGGAACUUUCCUUUAAGACUGUGUGACGCAUCCUGAGAAAGUUUGGACACAUUGUGAGAAGUUGGGCGAACAGAAGUCAACUGGAACGGCACCGAUUCUAUCUGGCACCGGCACUCUAUCCGUAAACUGGUGAAGGCAAGAUGUCUGUAGAAAAGAGACUGAUGAAGCUGGAAGAGAUGGUCCUCAAAGGCCCCUAUGGAUGUGACUGUGACUCCCUGAGCAUGGAGACCCUCUUAGAUGUGCUGAUCUGCCUGUGUCAGGAAUGUAAUACGCCAGCUCUCCGGCGGGACAAGAAUGUGACAGAAUUCCUGGCCUGGGCUGAACCAUUUGCCUCAAAAAUCAAACAAAUGAGACUGAAAAGAGAAGAUUUUGAGAUUUUAAAAGUAAUCGGGAGAGGAGCAUUCGGGGAGGUGGCAGUGGUGAAAAUGAAGGGCAGUGGAAAAAUCUUUGCCAUGAAAAUCCUUCACAAAUGGGAAAUGCUGAAACGAGCUGAGACUGCUUGUUUUCGAGAAGAAAGAGAUGUUUUGGUGAAAGCUGACACUCAGUGGAUUGCCAGCCUUCGUUAUGCAUUUCAUGAUGAGAACUACUUGUACCUGGUGAUGGAUUACUAUGUUGGAGGAGAUCUAUUGACUCUGCUUAGCAAGUUUGAGGACAGACUACCUGAGGAGAUGGCUCGAUUUUACUUGGCAGAAAUGGUAUUAGCAAUAAAUUCAGUACAUCAGCUGAACUAUGUUCACAGAGAUAUAAAACCAGAUAAUAUUCUCAUUGACCUGAAAGGUCACAUCAGACUUGCUGACUUUGGGUCUUGUUUGAAAAUGCGUCCAGAUGGCAUGGUGGAAUCCUCAGUUGCAGUUGGCACCCCUGAUUACAUUUCACCAGAAAUUCUUCAAGCCAUGGAGGAUGGCAAGGGCAAGUAUGGGACAGAGUGUGACUGGUGGUCACUUGGAGUCUCCAUGUAUGAAAUUCUAUUUGGAGAGACUCCUUUCUAUGCGGAAUCCCUUGUAGAGACUUAUGGAAAAAUAAUGAACCACGAGGUACAUCUGCAGUUCCCCUCAGACAUUACAGAUGUAUCAGACCAUGCAAAGAAUCUAAUCAGUCGCCUUAUCUGCCGACAAGAAGAUCGACUUGGAAAAGGUGGUGUUGAUGACUUCAAGAAACAUCCAUUCUUUAAUGGAAUGGACUGGGAUAACUUGCAUACAGCUACCCCGCCUUAUAUCCCAGAGGUUGACAGUCCAGCAGACACUUCUAAUUUUGAUGUGGAUGAUGAGACUUUGAAAAAUUCGGAAACCUUGCCUCCAAGUAAUAACAAUGGUUUUGCCACGCAUCUCCUUCCAUUUGUGGGAUUUACGUAUACAUCCAACUGCCCCUUAGCAGACAAAGGCUCGCUGAUGAACUGCAUGGUCAGCAAUGGAAUGGGAAAUGGUCCGGGACAAGGUAAAGACUCCAUUCCAGCUCAAAAUUUGCAUGUUUCAAGCCCUGAGACACCUGCUAAAGAUCGUGUGAUCCGCAGUUUAAAAACAGAGAUGGAAAUUCUCCAGAAAAAAUUAGCAGAAAAAUCCACAGAACAGGAGACAGUAUCAGGAGCACAAAUUCAGUCCAUGGAGAAACAGAUCAGAACACUUAAACAAGAUAAAGAUCGACAUGCAAAGGAUCUCGCAGACAUGUUAGCUCAGUUGAAGUCUCAAGGAGAAGAAAUGAGGAUGGCUUUUGAGAAGCAAAGGAGAACUCAGGAUGAGUUGCGUUUAAUGGAGGACAAGUGUGAAGGGCUAAGUACUCAGAAUAGCAGGUUGUCUCGUAGACUGAAAGAUAAAGAAGAUGAGGCAGAGGCUGCCACAGAAAAAGUGAGGGCCCUGAGAAAGGACCUGCACAAAGCAGAGGCCAGCAGACGGGAGGCAGAAUCACUAGUGGAGGAUCUGACUAUAGAAGUGGAAAGACAGAAGAAGUUGGUAGAGAGAAGUGAAGCACUCGCCGCCCAGACAACUGAAGACCUGGAAAGAAUUAAGGUACAGCAGGCCAUCACUUCUCCAGUAAUCAGUGGCUCCUUUCAUAGCUAUGAGAUGGCCCAGCAGAAAAUAGAACUUGAAAGACGGAUCCAACAGCUAGAGACAGAACUUUCUCAAUUGAGAGGAGAAUUUUCACAUCGGGAAGCAGAACAUGCCAAUGAGACUAAAUCACUCCGCAGAGAACUAGGAGAGAAGGAGGAGCAGCUGAUAUCAUUGAAGCAUGAAUUGGAAGGAAUGCAGGAGAGCAUUGGCAAAACAAGACAUGAUAGUGCACGCACACAAGAGGAGGAGCUUCAGAAGAUCCAAAAGGCAAAUGAAAGAGAGAAAAACCACCUUAAGCAAGAGAACCGAAAACUUCAGGAAGACAUGGCUAGGUUAAAGACAAUAUCCGAAAAGCUGUCUGCUUCUCAGAAGCAACUGGAAGAAGAGGUCCGUGUAUUGGAAGAUAAGAAAGAGACAUUGGCCAAUUGGGAAGCCCAGAUCACAGAUAUUCUGCAAUGGGUUAGUGAUGAGAAACAAUCACGUGUUUAUCUACAAGCCUUGUCAGUCAAAAUGACAGAAGAGUUAGAGACUCUAAAAAAUUCUGGAACUCAAACACCAUCCAGCAAGACAGGGGAGAGCCAAUGGAAAGCACGCAGGCUGCAGAAACUAGAGGCUUCAGCACGGCUUGAACUCCAGUCUGCUCUUGAGGCAGAGAUCAGAGCAAAGCAAAGUAUCAAAGAGGAAAUGAAUAAACUCAAGUCUGAGAGCCUUGAAACUGACAGAAAGCUACAGGAGGCAGAUGAAGAAAAUAAGAAGUUAAGAGCGGAAAUGGAGAAGUUGCGUGAGGAAGCAAAGACAAAGGGAACAGCAGAAAACAAGUUACAGCGAUCUCUGAUUCCAUUUUUAUCAUUCCGUUCUGAGAAGGAAGUUGUCACGUCUGAAAACUCAGAACAGCCUCAAGUGUCGAGCAGUGUCAUCUUAAGACGAGGAGACAGAACUGAUUCUGUGAAAAAUAAAGUCAAUAGGAGAUCUGUUGGGAUCAUAGAAAGUAUAGAUGAGACCUCAGACAAGCCGAAGACACACACUUUCAAAGUUAAAAGUUUUACAUCACCAACAAAAUGUCUCCGCUGUACAUCGGUCAUGGUUGGACUUAUACGGCAAGGAGUGUGCUGUGAAGUGUGUGGGUAUAUGUGCCAUUUAUCCUGCUGUGAUGGUGCCUCAAUUUGUCCAUGUCCCCCUAGUCAAAAUAAGAGGAUUCUUGGAGUAGAUCCAAAAACUGGCAGCGGCACUGCUCUGGAAGGAUACUUAUCGAUCCCUAAGCCAGCUGGAGUGAAGAAGGGAUGGCAACGGGCCUAUGUGAUUAUAAGUGACUUCAAGGUUCUUGUGUAUGAUGCCAUUUCCCAGUGUAAUACUACUAUCCUACAGGUCAUCGAUAUGAGAGAUGAACAUUUUUCUGUCAGUUCUGUCUUGGAGUCGGACGUCAUUCAUGCAAACCCCAAAGACAUUCCUUGCAUAUUUCGGGUAGUCUUCUCACAACUUGGUUUCCCACUCACCACCUCCUCUCAGCUUCUGCUGGCUGAGACUCCUGAAGAAAUGCAGAAAUGGGUGCAAGUGCUGAAGGAACUGCAGUCGCUCCUGCGGGAGCAGAGGCCAGAGGAUCGCUCUGUUCGAUUGUUAAAGGAGGCAUAUGACAGUGCACUGCCUCUCAUACGCACAGCUCUCUGUGCAAGUGUCAUGGAUCAGGAAAGAAUUGCUUUGGGAACAGAAGAUGGACUUUUCCUGUUGCACAUGAAUAAAAACGAUAUCACCCAGAUAGGAGACUGUAAGCGCGUGUUGUCAUUGAGAUCUGUUCCAGAAGUCCAGCAGUUGGUUGUCCUUUGUGGAAAAAGCCAUAGCGUUCGUCUCUUCAACUGGGACCUCCCACCAGACUCUUCUGGAGUAAAGAUCCCUGAAGCAAAGGGCUGUCAGGUCAUUGCAACAGGUUUGGUGUGCCAAGGCUCCACAGCUGUACUUUGUGCCGCUUCCAAGCGGCAGGUUGUCUGCUUCCAAUUGACAAACCGAAAAGGUCUUCCCCGGCGGAUAAAAGAAUUCCAAGCAGCUGGAGUUGUACAGUGUAUGGACAUCUUAGGGGAACGGCUAUGUGUUGGUUUCACAUCUGGUUUCUCUCUUUAUCCUAUCCUCAAUGAAGGGGCACCAUUAAACUUUCCAAAUCCUGAUGAUUCCAAGCUAACCUUCCUUAUACAAGCUGCCCCUGAUGCACUUUGUGCAGCUAGACUGGCACUAAGCGAGUACCUAUUGUGUUUCUCCACGUUUGCAAUAUAUGUGAAUGCAGAGGGAAAGAAGUCACGUUCACAGGAAAUCAUGUGGCCCGCACCACCACUUGCUUGCUCGUACACCUGUCCUCAUCUCACAGUCUUCAGUGAAAAUGCGGUCGACAUAUUUGAUGUCCGAAAAAGUGAAUGGAUCCAGACUGUUCAUCUGAAGAAAGUUCGGCCUUUGAAUUAUGAAGGAUCUCUUUGUGUAUUUGGAACUGAGAAAGUCCGCCUGAUAUAUCUACGUAAUAAAUUGGCUGAUGAAGAUGAGUUUGAAGUUCCUGAGACCUCAGACAACAGCCGCAGACAGCUCCUUAAAACCAAAAGCAAGAGACAUUUCUCCUUCAGAAUUUCAGAUGAAGAGCGGCAACAGCAGAGAAGGGUGAUGCUGAAAGAUCCUCAGAUGAGAUCGAAACUAAUCUCUAACCCAAAGAAUUUUAAUCAUUUGGUUCAUGUUGGGCCUGGAGAUGGAAAGCAUCAGUUAAAAGAUCUGCCAAUGGCACAAGAAGAGAAAAGGAGGAGCAGUGGGCAAGAAGCAGCAGGGAUGGAAAGACCAUUAUCUUCUAGCAGUGACACUGUAAAACGAAGUUCAUGCAGCUCCCAGUCAGAAGACUCCCUGUCCUCACCUCACAGCUUGAUCCUCUCAUCAGAAACCUUACAUGAGAUUCCUGAUCAAACUGCUACUUUAAAUACGUCCAACACUUCUUCAUAAGACCUGAUGCAUGAGCCUGUUGCGAUUUUUUGCUGACAAGGAUUAAAAAAAAUGUGACAGUGGAUUUUUAUGAUUUUUUUGUUACAGUCAAAAUGCUUUUGUUUGUCUUGUUACUUUGUUUUAUUGGAUGUGUAU